AUGGAUGAAUCAGCCGAGUUGGUACAGCAACCGAAAACGCAAGAAGAAAUUUUUGCAGCACGGCGUGAAGCGCGGCGAAAGAAGAUAUUGGAAAACUCCAGCAACAGACUGUCGAAAAUUGUAGGCCAAGAAAUAUCUCCACCUUCACCGAAGUUGACCGAUACAGUGGUAGAAGAAAGUACCAGUACUACCAGCUCGGACAAUUUCAGCUACGAAACAUUUCCUAUAGACGAUGAAAAUACCUCCGAUUCUUCGUACGGCGUUUAUCCCGAUCCUAUGGAUGAACGGCUAGAGUACAUUAGCCCACAAGUUCAAGCACUUCUGGCAAAUUCCGGGUUAAACGAUGAUUCCUUUCUAAACGCGAUGAGUGGCGGACCUAGUGGUUUCGGCGGUACUAACGCUAAUGGGGACAUUUUCCAACUGCUGAAUACACUUAACCAAACACAAUCGAAUGGAGGACUAUUCGGUGCCGGUAUGGGAAACGCAACUGCAUCACAGCGCACUUCCGCCACAAGCCAACCUACCUCCACCGAACGCAACAAUUCCUGGUACGCAAGAGCGUUUCGUAGUAAAAUUCAUCUCGUAGUUGCAUCGAUCAUCACGUAUCUGUUAUUCGCUACAGGAAACGAUGCGUAUAUCGGUAGCAACGUGUUCCUACCCUUGCUAGCAUGGGCAUUGAUCGAGCUGCUAAUGGUCGGCACAUCGGAACCGGCCAACGGGCAGAUGCUGCUCAGUAUGGUCUUUAUGCUCGGUGGCGUACCAAUGAAAACGUCCCACACCAUCUUAAAGGUGAUGAACACGUUCAACAAGGUGCUUAAAGAUGUUGCCUUCUUUAUGUUCUUUUUCGUGCUUACCCACCUGUUGUGGAGUACGCUAUGGUUGGGUAUCGAGCUACGGUAUGUACUAGGUUACGAUCAGCUCGUAGCACCCUCGUAG